GAUUUGGGUGUUUUAUCGUAUAUUUCAUUUGGGGGAGUGAUGUGUUCUCUUAUUAUUAUUGUGUGUGUUUUCUGCGUUGGCACGACAAAAGGGGUUGGAUUUCAUGGAAAAGGAAGCCUUGUGAAUUUGAAAGGAAUACCCACUGCGCUUAGUUUGUAUACAUUUUGCUAUGGUGCUCAUGCCAUGUUCCCUACUAUAUAUAGUUCAAUGAGAAAGAAAAGCCAGUUUUCCAAGGUCCUAUUUCUAAGUUUUAUCAUUUGCACCAUCACGUAUGUGUCCAUGGCCAUAUUGGGUUAUCUAAUAUAUGGUCAGACUGUUCAGUCUCAGGUAACAUUGAACUUGCCUCAAGAAAAGCUCAGCUCAAAAGUAGCAAUAUACACCAUAUUGGCCGGCCCAAUUGCCAAAUACUCUUUGACCAUAACGCCAGUUGCCACUGCCAUAGAAAACUGCUUGCCAGCAAACUAUCAACAUAAUAAGCCUAUUGGUAUGCUAAUCAGAUUGGUUUUACUAUAAGCACGGUGAUUUUGGCUGUGUUAUUUCCCUCUUUCAAGUCUGUAACGUCCCUCAGUGGAGCGUUUCUCAUUGUUUCUGUUUCCUUCUUGCUCCCAUGCCUUUUUACUUAAAAAUAUUUGGGGUCUAUAGAAACUUGGGGUAUGAGCUAGUUGGUAUUGUGGGAAUAAUAUUUAUGGCAGUCUUAGUUGGAAUUGUGGGGACUUAUUCAUCUAUUGCUCAAACUGUCAAGCAUGCUUAGAACCACUUUGUGUAUUACACUAUUUAUUUUUUUAUUUAUAAUUUUCUUUUGUAAUAUUUUAGUAGUACAUAUAAUGAAACAAUCCCUUGCCAAUACUAUUGAAAAUCUUGUUUGUUACUCAACUUCAAAUGAAACUUUGAGUUGGUGUUGAAUACUA